UGCUAAGUGCUAGCAAGAUCGUGUGUCCGGCUCGGUAGAUCAUCUUUAGUCUUGUUUUGAUUCUAAUAAUUUUGCUUCAAGUAUGAUGUUGGCAAUUUUAGGAGGAUUUCUAGAUGAAGAAAUAUCAUCAGAAUCUUCUGAUGAUUCUGACCAGUCAGCAAAUGAACAAGAUCACAAAUUUAGGAACAAAAGUGACGCGGACAGAUCUGAAAUACCUUCCGGUGAACUUACACCUUCGCAUCAGAUUUCGGCCCCCCGAGCUCCGGCGGAAGAUGCACCCAGCAAGCCGCUACUCCCCGAUGAUUCUGCCAAUUCAGUUACAGGAGACAAGGCAGACUUUCUCUCGAAAUAUGAUCAGAUUCAGAAAUUUCAAAACUUGCAAGCACAGCGAAUACAAGCAACAAAAGAGAAAAUUCCCGAAGGACAUAGGAGACGGAGGAGAAAGCGCAGAAAUCAAUUUCCAGACAAUCAUGCUGAUGACUGCGGCAGUCCCAGCAAAAAACAGCCUUGCCAACACAGUGAAGAAUUGUCUUCAAAUACAGAUGGGUCUUCAGAAGCACGACCGUCCAAGAAGGAGCAAGAACACUGGGAUACACUGAAAGAAUACCUUGAUGUCAACUCUCACAUAAGUCAGGGUGUCAAUCAUGGCCACCUGGCGCCAGAUAAGUCUGGUCUGGAGAAGAGGUUAGAAGAGGCAAUUGCUGAAGGUGACUUUGAGAGAGCAGAGAAGCUGAGCGAAGAACUUUCUGUGAGGGAUUUAGGAUGCAGAAUAGCGAAUGCCGCAAACGCCCGUGACUACAUGAAAUGGAAGUUGGAGAGGGAAGAAGAGAAAGCAGCCAAGAAAAGGAAGAAGAAGAAGAAACUAGCCUGGGGGUUCGAAGUGAAGAACAGAUGGGAGAUGAAAGCGAAUAUGUGAACCAUGAGAUGUGUGCGUGGAACAUGAACGCUAUGAAAUGGAAAGAACUCAACAGAACAAAAGACUUGCUGAGAACCCAAAGUACUCAAUGGAAUGCAUUUCAACAUUUCUAUCCAGUAGUGGUUCUAACUCGGCCUGACCGAGUCUGCUAAUCAGUGCUGUCAUUUGCUAUGCAUGGGUGGACCAAUGAAAUAAAGAAAUCCACCGCGUCAAAGACUUUGAAACAAACUUUCAAAUUCAAAGGAAAGGAAAGAAUCUGUACUUUUCUAAGGCUCAAUUUUCUUUAGAGAAUUUUGUAAAGUGCUAAAGAAAAGGGUUAGGAACAUCAUCGACUCUCUCAUUUGCAUCUCACUGAGGUGUGCAUGUGAAAAAUUAGCAAAACUUAAAAACAUAAAAAAUUCCUUAUUUUAUAUGGGCUUUUGAUGAAAAUUUUCAGCGUAAUGCUUGUUUGAUUUUCUGGACUGAUUCAAAUCCAACAUUUUUUCUGGGGUGAACUCAUUGAUAAUUACGCAAUAGUGCAUUUCCCAUGAGCAUGCUCUGAUUAAUGUGGUAAUGUGUCAUAUACCACACACAACUGGGAAUCAAAGCACGAUUUUCAUUCAGGCUUAAAGGCCUGAAUUCACAAAGGUGGUUUUGAAAACCCACGGUUGAGUCCAUGGUUUAUGCAGAUUUCCUGUAUAAAUUAU